UUAGGGAGGACUGCUUAGGGAUGCAGACAACGCUAGAGCAGUGCUCCUCAAACUUGGGUAUGCAUCAGAGUCCCCAGGAGGGCCUGUCAAGGCACAGGAUGCUGGCUCCACUCUGAGAGCAUCUGAUUCAUUAGGUCAGGUGGGCCUGAAAAUGUGCAUUUCCAACAGGUUCCCAGGUGAUGCUGAUGAUACUAGAGGGACCACAAUUUGAGAACCACUGAUCCUAGAGACAAUUUUUCCAGGUAGCAAUGGUAACUACAAUUUGUCAGCAGAGAAAGCCAAUCAUUAGUCAAAUGAAUGACUUCAUGAAUCCCCUGCAUUUGGAUCAGGGAAACUUCCAUCAUUCUGGGGAAUGCUUAUUUGGAGUGAAUCUUGUGUUGCUUUUUUUCCUCGUUCUGGGCCAAUCCAGUAGGCCCAUGGAAAGAGGAAAUCAAACAGGAGUUGGAAAUUUUCUCCUCCUGGGAUUCACAGAAGAAUUGGACCUGCAGCCUUUCUUCUUUGGGUUGUUUCUGUCCACGUAUCUGGUCACCGUUCUUGGGAACAUGCUCAUCAUCCUGGCCAUCUGCUCAGACUCCCACCUCCACACCCCCAUGUACUUCUUCCUGGCCAACCUGUCCUUUGCAGACAUCUGUUUCACCUUCACCACUGUCCCCAAGAUGCUUCUGAACAUCCAGACUCAGAGCAAAGUCAUAACAUAUGAAGGAUGCCUCAGCCAGAUAUUUUUUUUCAUUGUGUUUGGAUGUCUGGACAAUUUACUCCUGACCGUGAUGGCCUAUGACCGCUUUGUGUCCAUCUGUCACCCCCUGCACUACUCAGUUGUCAUGAACCCCCAGCUCUGUGGGCUGCUGGUUCUGGGGUCCUGGUGCAUCAGUGUCAUGGGCUCCCUGCUCGAGACCAUGACCCUUUUGAGGCUGUCCUUCUGCACAAACAUGGAAAUCCCACACUUUUUUUGUGAUCUUCCUGAAGUCCUGAAGCUCGCCUGUUCUGACACCCUCAUCAAUAGCAUAGUGGUGUAUUUUGUGACCAUUGUCCUAGGUCUUGUUCCCCUCUCUGGGAUCCUCUUUUCUUAUUCUCAGAUUUUCUCCUCCAUCCUGAGAAUUUCAUCAGCCAGGGGCAAGUACAAAGCCUUUUCCACGUGUGGGUCUCACCUCUCGGUGGUCUCCUUGUUCUAUGGCACAGGCCUAGGGGUCUACCUUAGUUCUGCAGUGACUUCAUCCUCCAGGAUGAGUCUGGUGGCCUCCGUGAUGUACACCAUUGUCACCCCCAUGCUGAACCCCUUCAUCUACAGCUUGAGGAACAGGGACAUGAAGGGGGCCCUGGGCACGCUCCUCAGGAGGGUGGUGCCUCUCAGUGUCGGGACCAUUACAGGACUCUCCUGAGUAACUGGGCACACAAUACUGAGGACCACAAAUCUUAGUUUCCU